AUGAUCAAAAAUAUUAUGCUUACUUGCUUUUAUGGACUAAUUUUUGUCUUAACUGUGAUUUUAUUGCACGUACAAAGAAAAAUAAAAAGAUUAAGGCAAAACCCUGGUUAGAUUAUCUUAGGGAUUCUAGUUUCUCAAUCUGUAUAUUAUUUAAUUAUAUAAUUAGAUCAUGUGUCUUUUUAUUAUAUUUAGUCAGUUCUACGAGGUUGAAGAGUCUUAUGGAUAAUAAGAAUAUAUGUUGUAAAUAAAUGAAAGAGCUUGUGAAAUAAUAGCUAUACCUACUUUAAUGGCCUCACUAGUUUAUAAUUUAUUAAACAUAUUAUUGAUAAGCAACCUAUAUUGCCAAAUAUAUGCAUAGAACUAUAAUGAUUUUAAUUUAAAAAAGGAAAUUAAGAUAGGUAUUCUAUCAAUAACAUUAAUUUCUUUACUUCUUGUAUUAGUUUUUUAGAAUUUAGGUGUGAGGUAUAAAUAAUAGAUUGACUAGUAUUUUAGGAGAUUGCAACUUAGAAUCAAAUAAUGUAUUUGCAACAUUUUUAGUUUAUCUUAGAGGAAUUUUGAUGAUAAUUUUAGCUACAAUGCUAAUCAAAUUGCUAAAAUAUCCACCAGAGAUUUUAUAAACUGAAAUUUACAAAACGGUGAUUGAUAAAUUCAUAAAGAAAUAUCUAUAAACUUAUAUAAAAAUAAAUGUCACUUAUGGAUUGCUGUAUGUAUUAGCUAGAUUACUAAUUGUAUAAAAAAUCAACUUAUGAUAGCCAGUUGUAAUAAAUUACUGCUAAAAUGAUGAAAGAUUAAGAACAAUUUGUCAAUUCAUACAGGCAAUAGGUACAUUGAUAAUGACAAUAAUUCGAUUGCAUGAACCCAUAAUUCAUAGACAUGUUAGAUAUUUGUUUCGUCCAAAAAAAUUGGUAUUAUAAUAGAGAUUAUUGGAUACGAAUAAUGAAGUAAAGGAAAAUAAAGAGCAAAAGUAUUAUGAAAAUAUAUAGAUUGAAACAUAAGGUUAAGAUAUUAAUAGCAUUGAUAUAAAAGUUUAUAGAUAAAAUAAGAAUAAAUCAAUAUCGUUAUCCUUAGAAUAAUUUUAACCAUUGUAAUUGUUACCAUAGGAAUCAACUUAUGAAGUUCAAUAAUGUGAUUAGAAAAGUAUAUAGCAUGAGGGUUAUAAUAUGAUGAGUUAAUUUUUGAAUGCAAGUUAUUAAAUGUUAGAUGAUUAUCAAUAUUGUUAAAAUGGUGAGAUGAAUAGUUUUUAAUUUAAUAAAAUGUAAUAGAAAUAAUUUACAUUAAAUAAUAAUAAUAUUCUGAUAACAAGUUAUGGAUAGGAUAUUUUAAGUAAUAAAUUGAGAGAAUAUUUUGGAAUUACUUUAUAGUAGAUAAAAAAAUCUUUGAAUGUUGAUAGGAAUAUUGAAUGUAUAGAAUUAUAAGAAAUUCGUUAAGAAGGAACAAUAUUUUUAACUCAUGAUAAUUUAAUAUCUAUAGAGUUUAUCACAAAGGAGUAAAAGAGACAAUUAACAAAAGGUGGAGGAUUGUAAUAAUUAUGGUUAAGAUAUGAAUAAGAGUUUAUAUGUGGUUUGGGUAUUUUCUUACCUGUAAUAAUUGGUUUACAUUCUUAUAGUAUUGACGACAAUUAUUAUACUUUGAUUUUUAAAUUAAAUAGAUUAAAUGUGAAAUAUCCAUUAAUUGAUUAAGAAUGGUCUAUUUAGUCUGUUUUGAAUAGAUUAAUAUCUUAAAAUAUUAUUGGUUGGAUAACUAUAGACAAUGGGAUUUAUAAUAAGAGAUUUUUAGCUCGAGAGGUUUAGGAUGAGAAAUAUAAGAUUAUUCUUAAAAGGAAUGAUUAUUUAAUAGCUGAAAAUGAUAAGCAAUCUCUAAUUGAUAUGAUUAAGCGAGAUUAUAUUACUAUGUAAUAGAUGAAAUGUUCAACGACAUUACAUUUUAUUUUCACUAAACAUACUUCACAAAGAUUAAACAGUUUAGUAGGAAAGGAGAAAUAAGUUGAUCAAGAUUAAUCUAUUGAAACUUUAUCAAAUAAAUAACCUAAUUCUUAUAUUGGACAGCCUGCCUCAUUUGAAUUGAAAACUAAAUUAGGGUAUCUUUAAGUAUUUUGGGAUGAUUGUUGGAAAUAUUCUGAUUCACAUAUUGAUAAAGUAUUGGAAAUUAUCAUUAAUAAAUUCUGA